CAUCAACCGAUUACUCUCAUCUACUUGUUUGGUCACCUUCUCAAAGAACUCAAUAAGGUUGGCCACAGGCAAAAGGUGGAUCUGGUCCCUAACAAAAUACACUACCUGAAAACACUGAGCCUAAAACCACUUCUGUUUGAAAUUGCUAACUUCCUUUCAGAGGAAGAAUGCAAACUUGUCAUACAUCUAGCAAAGUUGAAGGGCCUCCAAGAGAGCCAGAUUAUGCCAUCUGACAUUCAGCAGGAGGCCAUUGACGAGAUGGAUAUCAGCAAGGAGGAAAUUUUCAACUUACUUGACUACAAUCAGGAUGGACAGCUACAAAUGAAAGAGGUCUUGACCCAUACACGUUUCGGUGAUGGUGUCUGGAUUACUCCUGAAAAUAUUCGAGAAAUCUACGCGGGUCUUGAGGCUGACCCUGAUGGAAAUGGUUUGCUAAGCCUGGAGGAAUUUAAACAACUUAAUACAAAUGCUUUCCAAACAUACCUGCGACAACGCGGGGUGCAGAAGACCGAACUGGUUCGCAACAGCAAACAUACGUGGCUGUAUCAGGGUGAAGGAGCACAUCAGAUCUUAAGAGCUAUUCGACGUAGGUGAGCUUUCAAAUGAA